AAUUCAAUUGGGGCAUCUAUUUGGGGCAAGUUCAUUUGCCUAGAUGACAGCACAAGCAAGAGAAGAAGGUUUGACAUUGCUAGAUUCGUUAUCUCAACAACGAUGAUGGAUGUGGUCUCAGUAAAAAGAAAGAUUAAAGUUAAUGGGGACUUUUGUGAGCUGAAAUUCACGAAAGAAGAACUGACAAACAGCUUGUUUUCUUUGAAAUUCAAUUUCAUGCCCAACUUCAAUAGUGAAUCAGAAUAUAAUGAAUCAUGGUUUGAAGACACAAAAUAUAAAGCUGGCACUGAUGAUGAUAGCCAGGGAACGAAUAUAGAUGUUACCGUUGGUGAGGAAGCGGUGGUCGGAAACCCACUAGAAUGCAAAGGUAGAAGAAGAGGGUUGGCUAUCAUGUCAACCUUGGUGGCUAAAUUUGAAUUUGAAAAAAAGAGUAAUGAUGGAGAUUAUCUACAAAAGAUCAAUAGCCACUCACCUAGCCAGAUGGGUGAGGAAGAGUCAAUUAAGGUUGUGGUGGAUAGCAUUGACAUAGACACUGAAGAGGAGGAAGUAGGUGACAAAGAAGGUGUUGGAAUGUGUGAAGUAGGAUACAAACAGAAGACACAGUCAAGCUCUGAUCCCAUAGAAAGUUUGGACAAAGAGGAGCUGGUUAUCAAGAAGCUUAAAGAGAUGGAGAAAAAGGAUAAAGCAGAAAAUGAGGCAAAGAGCUCAAUGGGGAGGAAUGAAGGUGUGGGGAAGAAAAGGAUCACAAGAGAAUUAGUGAAUAAAGAAAGAGUAGACUUUUUAGCAAUUCUAGAAACAAAGAUGGAAGGGAUUGAUAGGAAAUUGUGUAGUAAGUUGUGGGGUUCAAAAGAGUACCAGUGGGUUGCAAAGGAUUUUGUGGGUAUGUCAGGAGGUUUGGUGUGCUUAUGGAAUUCUAAUAACAUUAGAAUGACACAAGUUUGGGAGGGAGAGAACUUUAUUGCUAUUCAAGGGGUGUGGGUUGCAGAGACACCAGAUAGUGAACUGGGGCCUAAACCAUUUAGAUUCUUCGAUGUAUGGUUUGAGCAUGAAGGAUGUGGAGAGGUGAUAAGAGAAGCAUGGGGAAAGGCAAAAAUUCAAGGAUGGGUUGGAUUCUGGCUCAAGGAAAAGCUGAAGAUCACCAAGGAAGCACUAAAGAUGUGGAGCAAAAGCAUUGUCAUUGAAAUUGAUAACAAAAUAAGUAAUGCUACAACGGAGACUGCACAACUAGACUUGAAAGAAGGGAUCAAUGGAUUGGUUUUGAAUGCAACACAGAAAGGCUUAUUAGAAGGAGUGGAAGUGGGAUGUAGAGGCUUUAGGGUCUCACAUCUACAAUAUGCAGAUGACAUGCUACUAUUUGGUACAACCACAAAGGAAAAUAUUUGGGCAAUGAAGGGCAUCCAGAGAACAUUUGAGCUAGUAUCGAGAUUAAAGAUCAAUUUUAGCAAAAGCCAACUCAUUGGCAUUGGGGUUAAGGAAGAGUGGUUAGAUAAAAUGGCAUGGGAAAGGACAACAAAAUCUCACAGAUGGGAGGUUGGAUUAACGACACAUGGAAUUGGAAUAUACAAUGGAGACGGAGAUUGUAUAGCUGGGAAGAAUAGGAAAAGCAAGGACGAGGGAUACCCUACAAGGUUAGCUUACCAAGCUCUAGCAGUGGAGCACGGGAUGGAACAACAAGGAGUGGUUCUCAAAACGUCUAGAACACAUUAGUGCCAAGUAAAAUCCCAGUUUUUCU